GCAGCCCUCGCCCCGCCCGCUACGCCGGAAGGACUCGCCGGCGUUUCCGGUGGUCGGCGACUCUGGUGGUUGCCUCGGUGAUGUCCUGGGUUCAAGCUGCUCAGUCCGCUGGGAAGAGUGGAGACCAGGGAGACGUGUUUGACGAGGACGCCGACGAGUCCCUUGUGGUACAGCGGGAAUGGCGGAGCCACAUGCAGAGACGAGUUAAAGAAGGUUACAGAGAGGGAAUCGAUGCUGGUAAAGCAGUUGCUCUUCAGCAGGGCUUCAAUCAAGGCUAUAAGGAAGGUGCAGAAGUUAUUAUGAACUACGGACAGCUCAGAGGAACGCUGAGUGCCCUGCUCUCCUGGUGUCACCUUCAUGAUAAUAGUUCCACUCUGAUCAGUAAAAUAAAUAAUCUCCUGGAUGCAGUUGGCCACUGUGAAGAGCAUGUGCUCACACAUCUAAAAUCAAUCACUCCCCGGCCCCACGUUGGAGAUUUAUUGGACUCCAUUGAGGAUAUGGACCUUUGUCAUGUAGUUCCAGCUGAGAAAAAGAUUGAUGAAGCUAAAGAUGAAAGACUCUAUGAAAAUAAUGCUGAGUUUAACAAAAACUGUGACAACGGUACUAGGAGGGUAGACUGUGUAUGUUUAGAAGAAUGCAGAACAAAAGAACCUGCACAUUCUGCAAACCCAAGCCUCACCUGGAUUUUAGAACAGACGGCCAAUUUAGUUGCACAGCUGGGAUUCUCAGUUGAUGUGUUACAGCACCUCAAACAACUUUGAAAAGCUUCCCUUUCCCAUGAAAGCAAUGUUCGGAAUAUUUCUUAAAGCACUUUGUUUCCUAAUAAGACAUCCAAAAUCUGUACUGGGUUCUACAUUGAACUUAUAGUUAUGCUUCAUGAAGUUCCAAAUGUCUCCAAUGUUGACACUAUUAAAUGUAAUAUAAGCCUG